CUUCAAAUCCGUCUAUUAAAAAAUACUUUUACAUGUCCUUUUUCUGUUAUUAUAGUUGAUUCCUCAGAUGAAGAUUUUGCACACAAUGAUGCAUGGUGUCGGUUUAGCUCCAGCGAUUUACAUGAUAUGGAGUAUAUUUUAGAGCAUCAUUUUAACAAGAUCAUGGUGGCUCAGUACAACAGCACCACAGAGAGGUGGACAGGAUACACAGCAUGGGGAGUGAUAUCUGCAGAAAAGUGGAAUGAGGACCCAGAUGAGAUCCCCAGGAGGAGAUCAGAUAUGGAUGUGUUAUGCAAGCCAUAUGCUAAUCGGAUCUACAACACAACAGAGAUGUUUAUGGUUGAGCCCAAUGUCACACUGAGGCUAGAGGGGCCAUCCAGUGACUCCAGCCUUGUGUGUAGCGUCCACUUCUUCUACCCCAAACACAUCAGAGUGACGUGGCUGAGGAACGGGGAGGAAGUGACCUCAGAUGUGACCUCCACUGACGUACUGGCCAAUGGACUCUAGAGCUACCAGAUACAGUCCUAUUUGAAGUACACACCCACAACUGGAGAGAGAAUCACCUGUAUGGUGGAGCACAUCAGCCAGACUGAGCCCAAACUGUAUUACUGGGACCCCUCCUUGCCUAAGUCUGAGAAGAAUAAGAUAGUGAUCGGUGUCUGUGGGCUGCUGCUGGGGGUGGUCUUUGUAGUAGCUGGACUGAUCUACUGGAAGAAAUCUACUGGACGGCUGUUGGAUCUUAUUGGUGAACUUGAUUAUGGGACUUGUGAUUGAGGCCAUGUGGACAAAGGCUUGCUGAUCAAAUCCCUGUCGUUAACUGAUGGUAGCUGAUAUAGUUAGCUUUUUAGCUGCUGUUGCCUCUAGCAGCUGUCCCCCCCCUAUUCAAAAUGCCAACAUUGCACCAAUCAUGGCCUGCUUGCAAAAAUGUAAAUAUUAUAGUUUAAUUUUAAGACAUUAGCUUGCCUAAACACACAAGUAAAGGUUGGGCUGGUGGAUAAAGAUACAUGAACUGGAUUUAGAUUCGAUGAUGAAUAGGAUCCUUGAGUACAUUUGCACAAAUGACAGUGAAGGCUACUCCUCCACAAAUUCCCAGGCUACACGUGCCUGAAUUGCUUACCCAUAUGGAAAAAUAUUAUAAGAAUCUUAUGAGGUCCUUUGUAUGUUGAAGAAAAUAUGAAUAAUAUUUUUAUAUAUGUCAGUCUAUACUCAUAGAAAAAAAAUAUUAUUUGGGUUUCUAUAUAGAACCUUUUAUAGAACCCCUAAAAGGUGUCGAAAGCAUUCCACAGGGAUGCUGGCCCAUGUUGACUCCAAUGCUUCCCACAGUUGUGUCAAGUUGGUUGGAUGUCCUUUGGGUGGUGGACCAUUCUUGAUCCACACAGGAAACUUUUAAGUUUAAAGGUUGACCCAAACCGGUAAGCCUGGCACCUACGACCAUACCCCGUUCAAAGGCACUUCAAUAUUUUGUCUUGCCCAUUCACCCUCUGAAUGGCACACAUACACAAUCCAUGUCUCAAGGCUUAAGAAUCCUUCUUUAACCUGUCACCUCCCUUUCAUCUACACUGAUUACACUUUAUAUACAUCACAGAAGACUAAAAUGUACUGUUUGACAUUGAAACACCAGAUUUGAGAUUUAAAAAAAAGUUAUAAUCUUUAUUAUUUAUGAAAUUAUGAAAAUAUGAAUAACAUUCCACCCAUGAGACCAAAGAAGGCGAUUUUGGUCAUUGACUGCAGGAAAGGGCUACCUCAUGUUUUUGCACUUUUUUCCCCUUCUUCUUCUCUGGAACCACAGGCAACAAUCCAGCCUAAAACCCCAAACAGCAAGCAAUGCAGGUAUAGAAGCACGGUGGCUAGG